AUGAGCGACCCAAUGAAACUUCGAAUCUCCCGCUACAUCAAUAUCUCUGAAGCGCGCAGCAGCACUAUUGCUGAGUACGAUCGCGCGCGGGCUGCGUACUUUCUUUCGGACUCGGCAAGCCAAGCGGGCUCGGCUGUGAAGGAGGAACUGAUCAGUACAUGCGUCGUAAGCUAUCUUUCGCACAAUCCCAGUACACUCCCUGUGCGGGCUGAUGCUGCUCCAAAGGCUGCUAUCGGCGUCGGCAGCCCUUCUAUCACAUAUAAUCUGAUCGUCGACACCGACACCAUACGGACCUGGGUUGGAGCUUCGAGGGAUUAUGUGUCCACGAGCACCUCCAAGAAUUCCGGUGCCAGCGUGACCUUUUCACGGGGCCUUCUUUCGCUCUCUGGUGAGGAUACCGAAUUCGGCCCCCGAUUGUUCCUCUCUCAAAGCAUUGACGAAGGUACCGAGUGGACGGAUCAAGUCACUCUUGCUCCGGAAUUGGUCAUUACAGGCCAAUCUAUCGGCGUGGCAUCGAGUUCCAGUGGGUUCGGCGACAUUGACGGUGUUUUAGGCCUCGGACGAACCGCUCGCAAUGAAGAGACUGUCCCGACGAUGAUGGCUAGUCUUUUCUCCCAGGGUGCAAUCUCGACCGAGGCUCUCGGGUUAUCCCUCAUGCCGCGCUCUGCCGAUUCAUACGGCGGCGAGAUCUCAUUCGGCGACGCGGACACCACAGCCAUCACGGGCGACGUGACUUACGUACCCAUCACCUCGACCGCUCCCGCGUCAAGCUACUGGGGAUUCGAUGCCGCUGCAACAUAUGGCGGGAAAGAGCUGCUGAACAGCGUUGGCAUCGUCGACAUAGGCACCACUCUCAUCCUCCUCGCGUCAGACUCGUUCCAGGAGUACCAGCGCGUGACCGGCGGCGUCCUCGACACCGAGACUGGCCUGCUCAAGCUCACCUCCACAGAAUUCGAGGCCCUUGAGACCCUCGAGUUCAACAUCGGUGGGACAACGUUCUCGCUGAUGCCGGGAGCGCAGAUCUGGCCGCGCGCUCUGAAUGCUUCGGUCGGUGGAUCCGAAGAUGCCAUCUACCUCGUUGUUGCUGAUUUGGGCUCUCCGAGCGGGCAGGGGUUGGAUUUCAUCCUCGGCCAGGCGUUCAUGGAGCGAUUCUAUACUGUUCUGUACAGCACAAACGAGCAGGUGCUUCAAGCUACGACGCUGCAAAUCCUCCAGUUUGAAGAUACGCUCGCGGGUGCUCCUGCAGCCAAACGCGCCCAGCACACCACCGCUGGUGCCGACACACCUUCUCCCGGUAGAGACACUGCCUCUCCGAGCAAGGCAGACGACAAGAAGCCCAAGAUGCAGGACAAUAGAUCCUUGAUCGACAAGCGCGGCACACGUCCGCGAGACUUCUUCAAGGAGAAGCCGCAAUCCCUGAAGGGCAAUAUCGGGAGCCACAGCGGUAUCCCGCAGCGCACCGUCGGGACCUUCGGCGGCAGAGGCGGCCAGGGCAAGUCCGUCAAGCAGGGCAGCGGGGACGUCGAGAUCGCCUCCGCCGAGGCCAACUGCUCGAAGACAGCCGUCAAGUGCUCGAUCAGGCUCGAGGGUAGCAGGUUGGAAGGUACGGCUGCUAUGAUGACGAUUGCCAGAUUCAAUCUGUUACCGCAUGGGAGCGCUCAUCUUAUUCCCAUGUGUCUUCGCAGUGGAGGCGCCCUCGCUUCUGUCCUCGCGCACGUAUGGUCGACUACCCUAUCUUCUAUAUCCUACACGCCUAUAUACAUGUACAUCGAGCGAUAUCUGUGCCUCGGGCCCGAACUACUCGAAAACGACCUCAGUAGAUUGACUUCAUAUCGUUAG